AUGUGCGGACGUGUUGCUUGUGGCUUAGCUUCAGAUGUUGUACGUCAUUUUUCCCCUUAUAUGCAUUCUCAAACACAGGAAUCAACUGUACCACUAUUCAUUGAUUUAAUACCAGUAACACGAUCUUGUCGACCAAGUUGGAACAUAGCUCCAACUUUCACUUGUCUUUGUUUGAUUUCGCUCAAACAUUUGAAUAAAACAGAAGAUUCAUCAACACGAAUUGUAGUUUGUUCGGUAUUUAAAUCUGUUUUAAAUAAUUGUCGAUCUGAAACUAUUGAUGAAAAACCAACAUUUAAAAUAUCAUUAAGAAGUGAUCAGCGCUGCGUUGUGUUGGCUGAAGGAUUCUUCGAAUGGAAGAACAGAGAUGAUUUAAAAUAA